UUCCAUUUCAUUUCUUCAGCACCCCUAAAACCUCUUAAAAACCUCUUCAUUUCUCCUACACCCGGAUCUAACUGCUAUAAUAAUGUCCCUUUCCCUGUCUUCUUCCUCAUCCCUGAUCUUUCCUUUAAUCCCUACUGAAGUUAAUGGAAAGCCAAAUUGCGUACCGUUUUGGAGGAGAAAGGUGAAUGUAAGAUUGGAGGUGAGCGCACGGGCUAAGCGAAUAGUUUACGGAAGAGAGUGCAGAGAGGGGUUGCUAAUUGGAAUCAACAAACUUGCUGAUGCCGUUUCUAUCACUAUAGGGCCUAAAGGGCGGAAUGUUGUCCUCUCAGAAGGAGAUACUGUUAAAGUAAUAAAUGAUGGAGUUACUAUUUGUCGAGCCAUUGAGCUAUCUGAUACAGUUGAAAAUGCUGGGGCAAUGCUCAUUCAGGAGGUUGCAAGUAAGACAAAUAGUUUAGCUGGUGACGGUACAACCACUGCCAUUAUUUUGGCCCGUGAAAUGAUUAAGGCUGGGAUGCUAGCUUCUUCUUAUGGUGCUAAUCCUAUUUCUUUGAAAAGAGGGAUGGAAAGGACAGUGAAUGAAUUGAUUGAUGUUUUGAAGAGUAAUAGCUCCCCAGUAAAGGGAAUUGAUGAUAUAAAGGCCAUUGCUUCAAUAUCAUCUGGAAAUGACGAAUUCAUUGGUGGCUUAAUAGCAGAUGCAAUUGAGAAGAUUGGAUCUGAUGGAGUGAUAUGUAUUGAGUCUUCCACAUCGACUGAAACUACAGUUGUUGUUGAAGAGGGAAUGAAGGCAUUCCUUUCAUGCAGAUUGACAAAGGGUACAUGUCACCCCAUUUUAUUACAAAUAAGGAUAAAUCUACCGUAGAAUUCGAAAAUGCAAGAGUUCUGGUGACGGACCAAAAGAUAUCAGCCGUAGAAGAAAUUGUUCCCUUGCUAGAAAAGGUCAUCCAACUGAGUGUUCCACUUAUACUUAUAGUUGAGGAUCUCUCUUGGAAAGUAUUGGAAACUCUUGUCACCAACAAGAUGCAAGGAAUGCUCAUGGUUGCUGCAGUAAAAUGCCCAGGAGUUGGAGUUGGAAAGAAAGCACUCUUGCAAGAUAUUGCUUUCAUGACAGGAGCUGAUUUUCUUUCGGGAGACUUGGGGCUAACUCUUGAAGGAGCAACCUCUGAUCAGCUUGGAAUUGCACGAAAGAUAACCAUAACAAACAAAUCAACUACUAUUGUUGCUGAUCCAUCAACUAAAGCUGAAACACAAGCUAGAAUAUUGCAGAUGAAGAGAGAUCUUGCAAAUUUAGAUGAUAAGUAUAUGUCAGAAAAACUCUCUGAAAGAAUAGCAAAACUCUGUGGUGGUGUGGCUGUAAUUAAGGUGGGAGCUCACACUGAGCUUGAACUGGAAGAUCGAAAGUUAAGAACUGAGGACGCAAAACAUGCCACAUUUGCUGCCAUGAAGGAAGGCAUUGUGCCUGGUGGUGGAGCCACAUUUGUCCACCUCUCGAAACAUAUACCCAUUGUUAAAAGGUUUCUCAAAGAUCCUGAUGAGCAAAUUGGUGCUGACAUAGUGAAACAGGCACUUCUUGCUCCUGCAAAACUUAUUGCAGCUAAUGCGGGAAUUGAUGGAGAGGUGGCUGUACAGAAGAUUCAAGCUGGUGACAGUAGAAUGGGAUUCAAUGCCAUGAAUGGUAAGUAUGAGGAUCUCAUAGCUGCUGGUGUUAUUGACCCCUGUUGUGUUUCGAGGUGUGCUCUUCAGUGUGCCGUCUCUGUUGCCAGCCGAGUUUUAACAACACAAGCAGUUAUGGUGGAGAAAACAAGGAAGCCUAAGCCAAGCGUUCCUGAGAUUCCCGGCAUAACUUGUUAGAGCAACGAUGAUGUCAGUCAAAUCAGGCUCAGAUUGGUUCCACAAACAAGAGUUUAGUCAAGACUUUAGACUAAAAUGGAUGUGUAUUUUAUGAUUUGAGUAGCUUCUCAGUCACUUGUACACUUCGGAUUUUUACCAACGAUGUGCAAAUAUGCAAUGAUGAUUCCUUUAUAAAAAGGUUGCGACAAGCAUUCAUCCAAAAACAAUCCAUUAUUUCAUUUCUUGCGUGAACUUAAUAGAUAAUGAUUAAUGUCAUAUACUGGAGUUAUUUUGUG